CUGUUUACAUAUGUUUUUUUCCCCCUCUCCAAGUACUUUGAGUUUAGUUCAAACCUGUCAGUGUGCUUCGUGUCACUGUCCAUGGUGCUGUAACUGUCAGCUGGAUAGUGUUUAACAGUUUUUGUAACCUCUUGCUAUAAUAGGAACUCUUUUAAUCUUUCAGUAUAUAUACAUAAAGAACUGUCAUAUCUUUAACAGACUCUACAAAAUGUGUAUCAACGAUUAACAUACUCUGAACACAUGCAAGGUGUUAUUUUCUCAUAUAUUUUUUUCAUUUUCUCAUUUUUUUUAGACGUGUUCAUCUAUAUUAUAAUCAACCUCAACAGUUGCAGUUGCCACCUUGGCUACUACAACAGAAAUAUGUAAUUCGUUGAAUUUCAAGAGGGUUUAAAAUUUUUUGCUUUUAUUGAAUCAAUAUCAUACAGACAAAGGAAAUACAAAUGGAAAUGCAGCAAGUAAAAUACAAGUAAUGUAAAAGGUGACAACAAAAUCAUCAGAAAUUACAUUUUACUUUUUUAUUUGCUACGUUUUAUUUAUCAGAGUUGUACAUUUUAUGAUUUCUGCUUUAGAUAGCCGUCUCUCAUUCGUAAUAAAGCCCACUCUGUGUAAUUAACAUAAUGAAUCUUCCACUGAAUUCAUAAAAAAAAAAAAAUAAAUAAAUAACAAUUUCACAAUAAUCUGACUUUUGUGAAACCUUAUUGGAACACUAUAUAGACAUUGGCCGAAUUCAUGGUUGUGAUAUUAGCACACAGAAACGUGUUAUACUUGAUUCAGGUAUAAACAUGUCCUUGCUUUUGAAAUAAAACUUUUCCUUUUACUGUAUGCACCACCUACCUACAUUACCGAGGACGAGCUCUGAGUGCCGCUGUUGAUUCAUCACUGACUAACAGCCGAAGCAACCGGAGUAGCGUUCCACCCCUUUAACUCCAUUCAGUGUUUUACUGCAUAGAAAGACGACGCUCUGCCCGUCAGCGUUCACAUUGUGGAUUUCAUCGUGACGCUUAUUUUCGACAGUACCGGCACCUUUUCGAUUUAUGGAUUAAAUUACAACCGUUUGGCAUCUAAAGGGAUCAUCCCGUUUCCAUCUCUGGAUAUAUGAUGGCUUGUAUGUGGAACAUCGCUGGCAGAGGCCGAUGGCAAGCGCUUGUUGUCAUUCUUUGUCUUUUAGAGCUGAGCUCAGUGACUGGUCAGGCUCGGUAUUCCAUACCGGAGGAGCAAGCAGAAGGGUCUUUUGUCGGAAACAUUGCAAGAGAUUUGGGCUUGGAUCUGUCGAGGCUCGUAUCAGGUCGAGCUCGCAUUAUUACAAAAGGAAGCAGACAAUAUGUUGAUUUAAACCGAGACAAAGGUACACUUGUUAUUAAAGAACGAAUCGACCGGGAAGAGCUGUGUGGAAAGACGACGCCCUGUAGCUUUAGCUUCGAACUCAUUUUAGAAAAUCCAAUCCAGCUUUAUCGGGUGACAGUGGAGGUUAUAGAUGUUAACGAUAACAGCCCAUCGUUCCCUAAAGAGGAAAUCAACUUGAAAAUUGUUGAAAAUGCUGCAUCAGGGACUCGUUUCUCAUUAGAGAGUGCAGAAGACCUCGAUGUUGGAAUAAAUGAUAUCCAACAAUACACACUUAAACCUGUAAAUAAUUUCAAGCUUGAAGUACAAAACCAGCAGGACGGUGGACGAUUCAUCGAAAUGGUUUUGCAAAACCCUUUAGACAGAGAGAAAGAGGAGACUCACACUCUGGUCUUGAUUGCUUCAGAUGGCGGUGAGCCCCGUAGAUCAGGGACAGUGCGUAUUCAUAUUACGGUACUUGAUGCAAACGAUAAUGCGCCAGUGUGCAGCCAGCCCGUUUACAAAGCAGAUGUCAAGGAAAAUUCUCCUGAAGGAACACUGGUAACCACUGUUAGUGCAAAUGACGCAGACUCGGGAGUUUAUGGCGAGGUAAAGUUCUCCAUAGCUCAUGUAGCAAAAGAGGCUAAGCAGCUUUUUGAAGUGAACAUGGAAACUGGAGAGAUCAAAGUUGCAGGUAAUCUAGACUUUGAAAAGUCUAAAACGUAUCAACUAAACGUUCAGGCUAGUGACCACGGAGGAUAUACUGAUACAUGUAAAGUUAUCAUUCAAAUAAUUGAUGAGAAUGACAAUGUCCCUACAAUACAGCUCAUGUCAUUUUCUAACUCCAUAUCGGAGGAUUCUCCCCCAGGUACAACUAUAGCUGUUGUGAACGUGGAUGAUGAAGACUCUGAUGGUAAUGGUGUUGUCAGGUGCUCCAUUAACUCUGAUGUACCUUUCAAAAUUGAGUCUACAUUGACUGGAUAUUACACCAUUGUAACCGAAGACUUCUUAGACAGAGAAAGUGUCCCUGAGUAUAAUAUCACCAUAACAGUGUCCGACCAAGGCUCUCCACCUCUGUCUAGUAGUAAAAACAUCAAUGUUAAAGUGUCUGACGUGAAUGACAGUCCACCUGAAUUUGAUAGAUCAGAGUAUAGUAUGACUGUACCUGAGAACAAUUCUCCAGGAUUUUCAGUGUUCACUCUCAGUGCUAGAGAUGCAGACUGGGGCCAGAAUGGUCGGGUUUCUUAUUUUGUGGAAGAAAAAGAAAUUAAUGGGGUAGCUGUGUCGUCGUUUGUGUCUGUAAAUUCCGAUAAUGGUGUCAUUCAUGCAGUGAGAUCAUUUGAUUAUGAGCAAAUAAAAUGGUUCAAGUUCAAUGUAACUGCUCGCGAUGCAGGAUCCCCGCCUCUGAGUUCAAUAGCCACAGUUCGAAUAAUGAUCCAGGACCAGAACGACAACCCCCCUCAGGUUCUGUAUCCAGUCCAGACUGGUGGCUCUCUGGUGGCUGAGAUGGUUCCUCGUUCAGCAGAUGUGGGCUAUCUGGUGACUAAAGUGGUGGCUGUUGAUGUGGACUCUGGACAGAAUGCCUGGCUCUCCUAUAAACUACAGAAAGCCUCAGACAGGGCGCUGUUUGAAGUGGGCUUACAGAAUGGAGAAAUCAGAACUAUCCGCCAAGUGACUGAUAAAGAUGCUGUGAAACAAAGACUGACUGUUAUAGUGGAGGACAACGGGCAGCCCUCUCGUUCAGCUACAGUCAUUCUUAACGUGGCAGUGGCGGACAGCUUCCCUGAAGUGCUGUCGGAGUUCACUGACUUUCCACACGACAAGGAGUACAAUGACAACCUGACUUUUUACUUAGUGUUGGCUCUGGCUGUAGUUUCCUUCCUCUUCAUCACAUGUUUAGUGGUUAUCAUAUCAGUGAAGAUCUACAGGUGGAGACAGUCUCGCAUCCUGUAUCACUCCAACCUCCCUGUGAUUCCAUAUUAUCCACCACGUUACUCAGACACUUUGGGAACAGGGACUCUCCAACAUGUGUACAAUUACGAGGUGUGCAGGACAACUGACUCCAGAAAGAGUGACUGUAAGUUCGGCAGAGCUGGUAGUCAGAACGUGUUGAUAAUGGACCCCAGUUCUACAGGGACGAUGCAGCGGAUACAGAGUGAGAAGAGCAUCCUGGAUGAACCAGACUCUCCUCUAGAGCAAAAGCCUCCCAACAAUGAUUGGCGUUUCACGCAGGGACAGAGACCCGGACCUAGCGGCCCCCACAUGCCAUACGGUACACACAUACGAUGGACGCCGAAGAGUGGGACAAGGGCAACUGGAGGACCUGAGGUUGCCAUGGGAACUGGACCCUGGCCCCAGCCCCCCACUGAAGCUGAGCAGCUCCAGGCCCUGAUGGCAGCAGCUAACGAAGUGAGCGAGGCUACGGCCACACUUGGGCCUGGUACCAUGGGCCUGAGCACCCGCUACAGCCCCCAGUUCACCCUGCAGCACGUGCCCGACUAUCGCCAGAACGUCUACAUCCCCGGCAGCACGGCCACCCUCACCUCCAACCCCCAGCAGCAGCAGGCCACGGCCCAGCAGGCCGCCCAACAGGCGCUGCCCCCACCUCAGGCCUCGGCCCAGCCCGAGCCCCCGAAGGCCGCCCAGACCCCUGCAUCCAAGAAGAAGUCUACCAAGAAGGAGAAGAAGUAGAUUUGGAUGGAGAUGAGGAGGUGAAGCAACGAUGGCUGGAUCUGAUCAGAAAUUCAACCCCCCACACCCCACCAUAAGGUAUCUUACUCCUCUGCUCCAAAUAUUGACAAAAGACCACUUUUAACCACAUGGACGAUGUUGAUGGUUCUUUGAAAGUGUCCUCAAAGAAUGGGAAUGUGCUAAAAGGCUGUUAGUGUUUCUAAUCCGUGCUGUGCUGAAGGUCUAGUAUUGUUCGCAUAAUGUUUGUUGGUAGAUAUUUUGGCAGGGUGUGGGGGGUUACUGUGUUUUUCCCCCUUUUUUUUCUUUUGAUUAAAAAAAAAUCAAAUAAACUUUGACAAAGAGAUUCAGUGUAAGAAACCUUGCUGGGAUGACAAGCCUAUACGCAGUGAUGUAUUCACAGAUGAAAUGUUUUGUCUUUCAUGUUGGAUUUAUUGUGUGCUUUCCCUGAGGUGGAGAGUCGGCUAUUGUAAAGUACGCUAGUUGCCAUCCUUUAGAUUCCUAUAUAAGGUCAGCCUGGCAGGGUCUUAAAGCAUAGGUUCUGUGACUAUAAGGCUUCUGUUUGACAGGUAUUACAAACACUUCUGCAUGCUCAUUAAGGCUCAAACCACAUAUACUAGUUUAGAGUUGCAAACUAUGCAUUACAAAAGCAAAGAGGAGGACAUCCUGAAUCUAUUAUCCUCCCUCCAAUCGCAGGUCAAUAUAAUGCACAUGUAGCAUUUAUUUGACACAAAAAUGAAAAUUACUUUUGUAAUCAUAGUUUAAAAAAAAAAAAAAAAAAAAGAAUUUAAGCUUCUGAUAUUUUUAUGACCUGAGCAUGCACCCGGAGGAAGGUCUGGCAGAGGGUGGCUGUGUCAUCGAGUCAUGAGCCGUUCUGUCCAUGCAGGUGGUAUUAGCAGCAGGGUCUGGCCUCUUGUCUAACAGCUCCAGAUGGGCACAGACAUGUCCUGCUGCCCUGCACCCCCUGCCCUCCCCUCUUCACAUCCAACUCGUGCCCUUCCCUCACUCACUGCCCCACAUUAAGAGCCAAACAAAGAGAAAUGCACUGUCCGUAUUCUGAAGAUGAGAUGAUGUAUGGGUAGUAAUCACUUCAGUCUUUAGGGAAACAUGUAGAUGUGGUAAACUUAAGUGCUUAGGAGUUUCUAGACACUUUGUAGGCCUCUAGGGCCUCGACCCUUCACUAUCCUGAAGUGCUGAAGAAACUUCUUGAUGUAACACAGUGUUUUUCUUCUUUUUUUUUUUUUUUUUUUUUUUCCUUUGGGAGAUAAUGAUUCGAUAGCAUAGAGGAACUGUUUGUAUAAGAUAUGAAGUCUUUACUUUGCCGUCCAUCUGUCUGUCAGGCCCCUGGCCAGAUACAACUGCAUGAAAAAAAGGCAGCUGGCAGGCUGGGUCAGGGGGAGUGGAGGGGCUGUGGUGAAAGGUAAAUAGACUGAGGUGGCAUCAUUGUAUCAACCCGGGGGGUGGGAAACAACCUUGGCUCUAACCACUGAAUGUACAGAGGAACCGCUGUUGACCCGCCCACCCCUACAUUUUCUCUAAUGCACUGACCCAGGUAGAGGUCAACAGAGCCAAGCACAGUCGUCCCUGUUGGUGAGGAGAUACCACUCACAGCACCCUUAGAAAUAUCUCUCCUCCACUGAAAUCAAUGGGAAACCUUAAACUCUCUCUGCCACUCACCUCUCCCCCUCCACUUGGUAGUCCUGCAAGGCUCUUCCCCUCUGUAAAUAAACACCAGUCCUGUCGAUGGUAUGAGCCAGGUGUUUGUAAAGUAGGGACCACGUCCAACAUUUUCAAAAUAAAAGUCCCUAUCCACAAGGCGUGGCUUACUACUGGAAUGUGUUGCAUUUUGUUUUUCAAGAAAAAUAAGAAAACCACAGCUUAAAAAAAAAAAUAUCAACAAUAACUAAAAAUUUGAGAUGUUCUUCAGCAGUUUGUGUUGCAAUGUAGUAACUAAGCACCAUGAAAGCCAACUAACUCUUCAGUGUAAAUAAACGAAUUAAAGAUAACUUUAGAUAAGUAAACAAAGUGACACACGUAGACUAGUUAACUUGUGAUAUGUGUUGCGCAUAUUUUUGUGUUUAUUUUCUCUCUACUAUCUUUUAUCACCCUGUAAAGAAACAAGACAAAAAAAAUAUGGAAAUGUUUCUAUCCUUCUGUAACCUCUUAAUGUUCUUUUGCGGUGAUUUUAUCUUGUGCAUUUGUGAAAGAAUGCCUCUCAUUCUCUUUCUGUCCAUAUGAACAAAUGAUUAUAAAUAUUAUAUAUGUGUAUGUCCGUCCGCUGCUGAAUUAAUACUACUCUAUCCUGCUGUAUUAUCUUUCUUAUCAAAUACUUAGGCUCCCACGCUUUACCCUUGUGUUUACUCUCUUAUUUUUAUGCUAAUAUUUAUAUUGCUGUUUUAUUUUCUCUUGAACACUGACAUUUCAAAUAAAAAGAUUCUGAAAUCAUUUAAAAAGUA